CGAGUUUAGUUUAAAUUGUACAUUAAUAAAGUGCGGGUGCAAUAACUGCGCCUGUUCCAAUUAAAAACGAAGUGUGUUUUAUAAUCAUAUUAAUUGGCAACGAAAAAGCAAAACACGACAACAAAUUCGAUAUCAAAUACAUAUUUAUCAUAAUACGCCCUUACUGCGGGUCACAGACGGCCAAACUAAAAGCAAUCAGUGCAAUUUUAUACAGCGUGCAACUUAGUCAUGGCUCAGGAAGACGAGCAGCGUAUUGUGGACAAUGAUGAGCUGGCGACGACACAGGAAACCAAUGGCGGACGCCAGGAUAAUGAGCUAGCUUUACCAGAGGGUGGCUGCUGCAUGCCCACUCGGUUGAGUCAUCGCCUAAUGGCUUUGGUCUUCAUGUGCCUGCUUGGCUUUGGCUCAUAUUUCUGUUAUGACAAUCCGGGUGCGCUGCAGGACAACUUUAAAAGGGACAUGGAUCUCAGUUUGACGCAGUUCACGCUCAUUUAUUCUAUCUACUCAUGGCCAAAUGUAGUGCUCUGCUUCCUGGGUGGCUUUCUGGUGGAUCGACUGUUUGGCAUACGACUUGGCACAAUCAUCUAUAUGCUGAUAUUGCUGGUGGGACAACUUAUCUUUGCCACUGGCGGCCUAAUUAACGCAUUCUGGCUGAUGAUUCUGGGACGUUUUAUCUUUGGUAUUGGCGCGGAAUCGUUGGCUGUGGCUCAAAACAGUUAUGCAGUGCUCUGGUUUAAGGGCAAGGAGCUUAAUAUGGUGUUUGGCCUGCAAUUGUCCGUAGCACGGUUCGGCAGUACGGUCAACUUCUGGGUGAUGCCAGGCAUAUACAAAUACGUGAGCAACUUCUAUCAAGGACAUCAGGCGUUGGGUGUAGUACUACUCUUUGCCACACUCACCUGUGUCAUGUCUCUGAUGUGUGCAUUGAUUCUGGGCUGGAUGGACAAGCGGGCAGAGCGCAUUUUACAGCGCAAUAACAAUCCCAGUGGCGAAAUCCCGAAGCUAACUGAUAUAUUUACAUUCAAGCCACCUUUCUGGAUGGUGUCUGUAAUUUGCGUGGCGUAUUAUGUGGCCAUCUUUCCGUUUAUUGCGCUCGGACAAAAGUUCUUCAUGGAUCGUUUCCACUACACUGAUGUGGAGGCAAAUAAGGUAGAUGCGUUGGUGUAUCUUAUAGCCGCAGUCUCUUCGCCUUUGUUUGGCUUUCUGAUUGACAAAGUCGGACGUAAUGUCACCUGGGUCUUCACGGCAACGAUUUCCACAAUUGGCGCACAUGCACUGCUCACAUUCACCGAACUUAAUCCAUAUGUUGGCAUGACUAUUAUGGGACUCUCGUACUCCAUGCUUGCCGCGAGCUUGUGGCCACUUGUGGCGCUCAUCAUUCCCGAAUAUCAGCUGGGCACUGCCUACGGCUUUUGUCAGUCCGUACAGAAUUUGGGACUAGCUGUUAUCACCAUUGUUGCAGGCAUUAUUGCUGAUCAAACCAAGAGUGACCACACAUGGGUGCAGCUCUUUUUCAUGAGUUGGCUGACCAUAGCGCUGAUAGCUACAUGCGUGAUUUGGGCCUACGACAAGAAGCAUCGUGGAAAUCUCAACAUGUCGCCACGCCAGCGUGCGAGCUAUGUUAAUGCCGAUACCUACCAGCAUUUCGAAUAAACAGGAAUAUAAAGCAGGCCGGACAAUACUUACAGCGGCAGCAACGCCCGCAGUUUUGAUACGCAAUCUGAAAUGCGGGCUCAUCCCUCGAAAGAUAUUAUAGAAUUUUUAUGAUCUAUGCCUGGAUAUUGUGAUCUGCGCAAUUGUAUGUCGUCAAAUUGUAUUUACUAAAGGAAUUGUUUGUCAAAUGAAUAUAUGGUUACCUACAUUUACAUAUAUAUGUACAUAUAUACACAAUACAUAUAUAUAUUUAAUUUUACGCUAUGUAUUUUUAGAACAAUUUAUUAUUACUAAAGUUACUGCAUGUUUUUAUGUGUAAAUGUUUUACAAAUUGAAAAUUCUAUCAAUCAACUAUCUAGGCAAAACGUUAAACAAUAAAGAGUUAUAAAUCAUUAAUA